AUGUUGUAUUUGACAUAUAAUCCUAACCAUCAUGAGAGUGACAAUCUUUGUACUGGCAUAACUUCAUAUCCAUUAAUUGAGGAGAAUGGAGAUCAGAUAGAUUAUCCGAUUUCUCCUUCUGAUGAUGCUAUAAAUCACAUGGUCUGUUAUAUAAAUGAAUACAUAAGCAAUGCCAUUUUUCUAAAUAUAGAGAAAAAUUUGGAACCUCCUGAUUCUCCUCAAGUUACUUAUUCACGAGUGGUUGAUGAAGACCUUCUCAUGAUUAUGAAGUAUUUUAGUUUAAGACAAGGACCAUUGAGCUUGAUGGAAAACAAUCAAACUGCAAAUAUGGGACUGCUGGUCAGGAAUGCAUACUGAAUGACUUAAUGAUGUUCUAGCUCUUGUUGACAACAUUGGCAUCAUGCCCAUGAGAACAUUUUCUUUUUUCUUCUGAUGCUGUAAAUGAAUUAAAGGUCGUUGGUCAAAGCUCAUACUUGUAUGAUGUUAAUC